AUGGAGAAUGGGGGAGUGUCAAGUCAAAGCACUACGGCCCCUUCGGAUGUUAGCAAGAGCCAAACGCCUAUUUACUCCCGGGAACUGACACUCCAGGCGCACUUCACCUUCGGCACUCCAUCUAUGGCUCCCGUCCAGUACGCCCACGUGACGCCCACCUCCACCUCCUCUGUUAGUGGGCGGCCCCUUAUGGCGAGCGGGGGUCCGGUGGAGCACUUUCGGUGGGGUGCUGAGCAUGGGGCGCAGUGCUCCAUCACCUGUGGGCGGGAGGGCCUCACCAUGACGUACAACGCCCCUUCGGCAGCCAGCCCCAGCCCCGCCCUUGCCGCCCAGCACUUGAUUCCGUGCGCCAUCUGCAACUCCCUGGCGCUGAACCGAGCGGGGCCGCCCUUGUCGAGCCAGGUGGACACCGCGGCCGUCCGGGGCGCCCCCUUGACGGCCAGCGCCGCCGCCGCCACCAGCAUCACCACCACGUCGCCCGCGCCGGCCUACACCCGGAGCCUGAUGGACCUCAGCCGCCCCGGGGACCAGGUCGCCACGCGGAGUCUCACGUUCUCCGGGAGUCUGGAUCGCGCCACGCAGCGCCCCCAGCAGCAGCGGCCCUACGGGCGCCGCUGCAAGAGCACGGCGCACAUCAUUCUGCAAAACAAUGAGUUGCAGGUGCCGCGGGAGUCGCGCCCGCACGAAUUCCACUCAACUCUACGGGAGGAGGACGCCCCUGGCCAGCGAGACCAGAUGAUGGAAGUUCCCGACGAGGAGCCCCUGGGACGCCCCGGGCCCGAGGGGCGUGGCAGGGCGCGGCACAGGGGAGGGGCCGAGCCGCCCUACACGGCGGUGGGGUCCGGCCCUUCGGGGGGCUGGGAGCGCGGCCACGCCGGAGACCAGGAGGCGAGAGGACGCUACUUCGAGCCGAGUGUGCACCACACCCAUGCCUUCCCCCCGCCCUGCUGCCCCUGCCAGCACUGCUCUGCCCUCUACUCCAUCGUGUCCACGCUAACGCAUGACCGACCCUGUCCAGUCUGCCCGCACCACCACCACCAUCAUCACCAUCACCAUCACCCGUCAUGUUCACCUCAUGUUCACCCUCAUCAUACUCAGGGACCUCCAGAUUACCCGCCGCCCGGCCCCGUGGGCGCCGAGGAGCCUCGUGCGCCGCCCGCGAAGUCUCCCACGACGCGCACCUUCAACUCCCACCGCUGCUACGAGGACGACCUGCGACGGCCCGAGCGCCCCGCGAAGAGCCAGCCCUCCCACCUCGUGCCGCAGCCCAAGGCCCGCACACCUUCGCCCAAGCCCAAGGGGCGGCUCGCCUCCCCCGCCCGGUCUCCGGCUAGGUCGCUGUCUCCAGUGGAUCGUCGGGCAGCGGCGGCGGAGGAGCAGCACCCGCGGACCACGCCCAUCCUGCCGCGGCGGGUUCCGAGGAUGGGCGCUGCAGCUGCCGCGGCCGCAGCGGCAUCGAGCACCCACGCGACUGGACAGGCUGAGGGAGGCUUUGCCGUGGGGCCGCAUGACCGCGAGUGUGAGCGCGAGCGAGACCGAGGCCCUCGCGCCCGCCCGCGACAGCGCCCACGCACCAUCCACAUCGAUGUCUACUGCAGCAGCUCCUCCGAGGCGGAGUCCUCCACUCCGUCGUCGCCGGUCUCCGACGACAGCCUAGAGUCAGGGCCGCGGCGCCCUCAGGCCGUGGUAGCCCUCGGCUCGAAGCAACGCAAGAAGACGGAGCUCAACCUGGGGCGCCGCCACGAACAUCCGCUGGAGGAGAAGGCGUCGAGCUUCGUGUAUUCCCGGGGCCGCCGCCACAGCCACAGCGGGCGCAGGUCGGCCUUCAUCACGGACGAUGUGCUCACCCUGUCCUCGUCGCCGCCGCCGCCACAGGACAGGGGGUCGCUGCGCUCGCACGAGGCUGUGUCUGCGCCUCCGACAGUAGGAUUCCGACGCAGUCCAAGCACGACGCCCACGCCAGGUCAGCAAUCCCCGCUGCCGAUGCCUGCUCCCCCGGCGGUAAGACCAGCUACCCUGACGGUUCCUACCUCACCUCCGCCUCAGCCGACGGAGAUCUCAGGUAUCCAGCCACGCAGCAGGCACUCCAGUCUGUCCUACCUCAGUAGUCCACUAGAAGCUUGGGAAGGAGAGCCAGAGCCAGAGUUGCCGUCCUCGGCGCUCUCUUGGCGCGGCAGCGAGUUCGAAACCUCGACCCCGCGUCUCACGGGCGACCUCGACUUGCCGUCACCGCGCCCCACCUCAGAGCUGUCUCUGUCUUCCCUGCACGAAGCAUUUUAUGAGGCGGAGUCCGAUAUGCUGGAGAUGCCCAGCAGCAGCGGCGGCCUUCAGGACUCCCCCAAGCAGUGGCGGUCGCCGCAGCUCGAGCGCCAGCGCUACAUCCAGAAGGGCCAAGAAGACCGAUAUCGCGAAGUCUUGCGGCGACGCGCCCUGAUGGAGGCAGAGCGGCCGCACACCGCCACGCCGCCCAACGUCGUGGAACUAGCCAGAUUACCUGCAUUUAGCGAAUUUUCCAAGGAGGAACUGAAAGUCAUUUCCAAAUCACUAGAGAGACGUGAAUCUCUACAGGCUGCAGAUCAAGAAGGGUCAUACCGUCUUGAGGAAAAAAAAGAAUCUUUUAAGCCAACCGAACGCAAGGAUUCGAAUCGACUCCUUGAAUGGAUGCAACAAUAUAAGGAACAAGAAAAGCGCGAUUCCCAGAGGAAGAAGGAUCAGGCAGAGGCCUGGGUUCAUCCUCACACAGAAGUCGGUAGGAGAGUUGAACGAGCAGACUCUCUUGGUAGUGUAGAGAGUAGAGAGUUUCGCAGAAGUACGGAGAGGAGGUCUUCCUUUUCCCGUGACAGAAGUGUGGAUAGGAAGAGAGAUUCGUCAGCUGGCCUUGAAAGGCAGGGGUCACUGCGGUCUCAGGAGCUGAGGGAACUUAUGAGUCAUCUUGAAAAGAAGGAUUCCCAUCACUUCUUAGAAAAGAAAGAUUCAGGUAGAUCUCUUGAGAGAAAAGACUCAUUUAAAGCAAGAGAUAAAAGAGAGUAUUAUUGUGCACUUGAGAGAAGGGAUUCUGGUCGAACGGUUGAGCGCAGAGAUUCUUCAAGGUCGCUCGAACGCCGGGACUCUGGAAGAGGUUUAGAGAGAAGGGAUUCUGGUAGGGCACUGACCCGAACAAGUUCUGGCAGAUAUGUUGAAAGAAGAGACUCAGGCAGGGCUGUAGAAUUAAGAGAUUCUGGUAGAUGUAUAGGAAGAAGUGAUUCUGGCAGGUCUGUUGACAGAAGAGAUUCAGGAAGGGUAUAUGAGGGUAAAAGAAAAGAUCUUGCAGAGGCUUCAGACAGAGGAGAUUCCAGGUAUGAUGAAGCCGAGGAGGGAGGAAGGCGUUCGCCCGAGAGAAAAAGGUCGUUUUUAGAACAGCUUCUUGAAAGAGAGGAAUCUUCUCGGUCUGAUUCUGUUGAGUGGCAAGAUGUCGUCUCGACAGUGAGGAGACGUUUGUCUGCUUGUGCUAAACAGAGUGCAGAGGCAGCCUCGCCCCAAUCUCCACAGUCUGAGAUUCCUCCUCAGAUGCCUUCACAUGAGCGAACUGCAACAACACUAUAUGGUGAAGAGACAGUGUCAAAGCUGCCAGGACAUGAGCUGGGGCACAGAAAGGAAAGCAGUGCCUUUGAGGAAUAUAGUGAACCCCGUACAACUACCGUUGGAGGAAGAUUUAUUAAUAUUGGAUUGUUUCGGCACCUGCCAAGGUUCCCUUUCAGUCAAACCGUGCCAGUUCCUGCAUCACGGUUCAUGGAAGCUCGGACUACAUGUAUCCCAGAGGAGCGUAAGUUUGUUAGACCCCAGUUGUUUGGAGAAUUGAGGCUCUCAUACCCAAAGCGUAGAGGAAUUCAUUUUGGGCCACCACGCAAUCCCCAGUGCUCUUGUGAAAACUGCCGUAGUUGGUCAGAGGUAUCAUCUAAUGGCCAGCUGGCUGGCAGUCGGUUACGAGCUUGGUCAUUAACUGACCUGGGAGCUGACAGUAGUGGCAUAAUGCUCCCUCAACUUCCUGGCUCCUACCCUGGCACCUCACUCUCCCGUAACAACAGCAAUGCCAGCGACAGCGCAGCUAUCUCCCAUGUAGGCCCAGCAGAGGCUGGAGGAAAGCAGCCAUAAGCUGGAUUUGAUUCGACUCUCCCUGGAGCGGCUACGGGGAGACUUACCGCAUGGCUCCAUUAUGGCCGGGGAGGUGAAGCGGGAGUUGGAGAACUCGCUAUCUGCGUCUCCCUCACCGGCCAAUUACACAAGCCUCUACGACAAAGAGAACUACCCCAGCCGUCGCUCACAAGCUCUACAUAGUAAGGGCGCUGCCGUCACUGGCAAACUAGA